AUGCUCCGUCGAACACUAGCUCUAUUCUCCGAGGCGGCGCGCUCGUCGUCAUCGUCCUCGGCCUCGGCCGCUGCCUCAUCUUCUGCCAGCAUCUUGACCUCGCACCUGUCCAAAGCGCAUCUUCCACCGUCGCUUGCGCGCAGCGCCAAACCGCACAAGAACCUCUACCAGAUGCUCUCAACUCUACCCAAAGAUGGCGUCGGAGCAAGAGUGCGACAGCGUCGAUGGGCAGCCAAAGGGCUCGAUGUGAGCCACGACGUGGAUCUCAAAGCUCACUUGGCCAAAUUGCAUCACACUGGCGCAACAAAGACGAACAAGGACGAGGGUCAUCUUUGCUAUUGGGAAAUCACCAAAGUUCGGCUGAAGGAUGGAGGAAAUCACGGAAAGGCCUGGGGAAGGUUCGUUUGGAGAGGCAAACCCAUCACAAAAGCCGAGUCGGGAGAACGCAUCCCUGGCGCUCUCAAGUACUGCUGGGACUUAGCACACUGA